AUGGUCCAGAUUGCUACGUUCCCUGAUCCCACGACCAGGUUUGGAAGUCCAAAUACCUCGUUUCUCCCACAAAUCGAUCAUCAACGCCACCUCAACGUUGAAGAAGAUGGGUCUACACGAGUUGUUCCAUCCAGAACAGGCGGAUCUGAGAGGCCUGAACGGCAUUCCCAACGAACUCCACCUAGCGGACAUUCUGCAAAUCAACAAUUUUGCUACUUGCGGGGACAGAAAAAUUGGAGAGUCGCACCAUUCGGAGAUAUAUCCUGCAACAUCUUUGAAAGCUAGGAGAGCCAGGUAUCUCCAGAACGUACCUACAGACCUAGAAGAACAAGAACCAAGAGACUACCAAAGAGCUUUCCAUGAUCCAUUCUACGAUCCCACUCUUCUAGCUCUUCCAUUGUCCCAACGACCGAGACAGGCGAGAAUACCCGACGUUCCACGACUACGUUUCGACAGACCGUUUCUUUACUUCAUCAGGCACAAUCCUACGGGUUUGAUCUUGCACAUGGGCAGGUUUAAUCCAAGGUUGUUACCAUGAAAAUUUAGAACUGAACGGUUAUUCUAACUUAAUUAAAAUUACUAAACUAUAGGUUGUUAUGGGGGUAAUAUGGGGUGUCCCCGGCUGAGCGUGCAUUAGUAGUUUCUAGUGAACUAUAAUAUCUAGAUCGGAGAUUUU